CCAGUGUUUAACCGACGGCAUAAAAGUGUAAACAUUAGCAGCCUGGGCUACUUCUGUGUGUCGGUAGGAUGGAAAUAUAAGGUUAACCUCAAGGUGUUGGACCAAACAUUGUUCUUCAGUGCAUGGAAGCAAAGCCAAUGCGCAGGGCCACCAGCGCACGCCAAGACGCCACUGGAAUGGACAUCACCAGCCGCUGUACUCUGGGGGACCCCAACAAACUCCCUGAAGGGGUCCCCCAGCCUGCACGCAUGCCCUACGUCUCAGACAAACACCCACGACAGACCCUGGAGGUGAUCAACCUGUUGAGAAAACACCGGGAGCUCUGUGACGUGGUGCUGGUGGUGGGUGCCAAGAAGAUUUACGCUCAUCGUGUCAUCCUGUCCGCCUGCAGCCCCUACUUCAGGGCCAUGUUUACUGGAGAGCUGGCAGAAAGCAGGCAGACUGAGGUCGUUAUCCGAGACAUCGAUGAGAGAGCCAUGGAGCUGCUCAUUGACUUUGCCUACACCUCACAGGUGACUGUAGAGGAGGGGAACGUUCAGACGCUGCUCCCUGCAGCCUGCCUCCUCCAGCUGGCUGAGAUCCAGGAGGCCUGCUGUGAGUUUCUGAAAAGGCAGCUGGAUCCAUCCAAUUGUCUGGGCAUCAGGGCCUUCGCUGACACGCACUCCUGCCGCGAGCUGCUCCGCAUUGCAGACAAGUUCACCCAGCACAAUUUUCAGGAGGUGAUGGAAAGUGAGGAGUUCAUGCUGCUGCCUGCAAAUCAGCUGAUCGACAUCAUUUCCAGCGAUGAGCUCAACGUGCGGAGCGAGGAGCAGGUUUUUAAUGCUGUGAUGGCGUGGGUGAAAUACAGCAUCCAGGAGCGCAGACCACAACUACCGCAGGUCCUGCAGCACGUUCGUCUGCCGCUGCUCAGUCCUAAAUUUCUCGUGGGCACUGUGGGUUCAGAUCCUCUCAUCAAGAGUGACGAGGAGUGCAGAGACCUGGUUGAUGAGGCUAAGAAUUACCUGCUGCUGCCACAGGAGCGGCCGCUGAUGCAGGGCCCCAGAACGAGGCCGAGGAAACCCAUCCGCUGUGGGGAGGUACUUUUCGCAGUUGGCGGCUGGUGCAGCGGAGAUGCCAUUUCCAGCGUGGAGCGUUAUGACCCUCAGACCAACGAGUGGCGGAUGGUCGCGUCGAUGAGUAAACGGCGGUGUGGAGUCGGCGUCAGUGUCCUGGAUGACUUGCUGUAUGCGGUGGGAGGUCACGAUGGCUCAUCGUAUCUCAACUCGGUGGAGAGAUAUGAUCCUAAGACCAACCAGUGGAGCAGUGAUGUGGCUCCCACGAGCACUUGUCGCACCAGUGUGGGCGUGGCUGUUCUCGGUGGUUAUCUGUAUGCUGUAGGAGGACAGGAUGGAGUUUCCUGUCUCAACAUUGUGGAAAGAUAUGAUCCUAAGGAAAACAAAUGGACUCGCGUGGCCUCCAUGAGCACCAGGCGACUGGGGGUAGCUGUGGCUGUGCUGGGGGGAUUUCUGUACGCUGUGGGAGGGUCUGAUGGGACGUCACCAUUAAAUACAGUGGAACGCUACAACCCCCAAGAGAACCGCUGGCACACUGUAUCUCCGAUGGGGACCAGGAGGAAGCACCUGGGCUGUGCGGUCUACCAGGACAUGAUUUACUCUGUUGGAGGGAGAGACGACACCACAGAGCUGAGCAGUGCAGAGCGAUACAACCCCCGGACCAACCAGUGGUCUCCUGUAGUGGCCAUGACUUCCAGACGGAGCGGGGUGGGCUUGGCUGUGGUGAACGGUCAGCUCAUGGCAGUAGGAGGCUUUGAUGGGACGACGUAUCUCAAAACUAUAGAAGUCUAUGACCCCGAUGCCAACACAUGGAGGUUGUACGGGGGGAUGAACUACCGCCGGCUAGGUGGAGGGGUGGGUGUCAUUAAAAUGACUCAUUGUGAAUCCCACAUAUGGUAACACCAACCCCCCACCCAUCCACUCAUACACUCACUUCUCAUCACGUUGCAAUGGUAUGCCUCUUUUCACCAACUCUUGUGCCUCCAAAAAGAGAUGCUGUCCAGUCACACGAG